AUGGCCAACGCUGAAGAGAAGCUACGAAGUUUAGAAAAAACCCGCGAACAAGAGAAAUUCGAAGAAGAACGAAUACGAAGGAGUACGAAGAAAAGGCUGCGAGACAGAAAGAGGAAUCCGACACGGCCAUACAGAUUCAAUAUUGAAAUACAGCCGAGUAAUAAGGUGGAUCAGCUACGACGCACUAUUUCUGAACGUGAUCGCCGAAUUGAUGAGCUCGUAGUAGAAAAGGCUCGAACGGAGCAGCAGCUGAUUGGACAGCGGGAAAUGGAGGAAGAAUUGGAACAACGUCGGUCAAAGGAAAAAGAAUUGAACGACUCCGUCAAGAGUAUUGAAAGACGCAUUGUGGAGUUGGAAACGGAAAAUCGAUUGCUGGAUGAGAAGAACAAAGAACUUACCGAAUCUAAAGAGAAAAGCGAAGCUCGUGCUGAGGAAAGCAACAAGCAUUCAGAGGAACUCGAGAAAAAGGCCGUACGGGAGCUACAAAGAGAGGUCAAACAGCUUUAUGUGGAAUUGAAUGAGAAGACUGACGCGCUUGAUAUGGCGCGGACUCGAAUCUCAGAAUUGGAGUCGAGCUCUUCGAAAUCCGUCGAAGAGGCUGUGAUUCAAAAACAAACUCAUACAGACGUGGACGCUUCUCCAAAUUAUGGGGUAUGUACUGAGAGAUUUACCGAUCUAACCAUAUGA